GUCAGGAGUACAUAUGAGAGAGGGGGGUGGGUCGUUAUCCAUCUUUGGAGGGCGGGCCUCACAGAAAGCGGAAAGAGAGAGAAGGGAGAGAGAAGGUGUACUUUUUAAGAGUGUGAGGAGGGGUAAGAGGAUUGUUCGUCCAAAAGUGAGCAAAGUGCGGACCCCUCUUGAAAGAUCUACUGACACCCUAUCCUCCAGCAUGGCAGACAUCACAUCCGAGCAAUGGAAGGUCAUGCUGGACUCAGCGGCUGAGGACGAGAAACCUUUCUUUCAGAAACUUUACGAGGACGCAAUACACAGAGAGAGGGAGGUAGUGGCAACAGCCAAAGCCACAAGUAUUGUUGAACAAAUGACCCUCCUCGAGGUUCCGGAAUCGAAUGGUGACCGGUUCCAGAAGCUAGCUGCUGCCAUAGCAGCCUUGGUUCGACUGCGGACCUUGGAAAAUAUAGAGUCUCGUGUGACAGCUCUGGAGCAGAGGAACCAAGAGUUGCAGGCCGAGAUAGUCAGCCUCAAACAGUCCCAACUGUCUGCCCACCGUCCUCUUAAUCCUCGUCCUGCUGCAGUCCCAAUCUCUCACCCUAACACAGUCCUGUUGUCAAGAGGAAGUGGAACUGUGACGAGCGCAGGAACCGUUGCCAGCUCCUCAAGCGGCAGCGUCGACAGUUUUGCACUGGUCCUAGUUCCAAAUGCAGAAACAUCAGCCCGAAACGCCCCAGUUCUUACUGGCAUACAAUACAGCUCUCUCGUAGUGGACAAGAGGGCGGCCACUCUGCCGUCAAAGUACGACGGGAAAGAUGACAUCACCUCUUGGAUUAGCUCCAUGCGCUCAUUCUUCGAGGUACUGCAAACACCGCGGGAAGACCGAAGCAUGAUCAUGGGCUCAAAUACUGAGCCCGCCGUACGGAGUUUCAUAGAGUUCCAAGCUGUUACUGCAGGUUAUGAGAUAAUUGAUCUGACUGAGUGGCUGAAAGUAACUCCUGUACGUACUCUUGAGGACCUCCUCAUCGCGCAAUAUCAAGAUAAGCACGCUGCGCUCAAGGCAAGGGUGAAGCUUGAGGCCCUCAAGGGCCAAACGUUGAGGACUUCCAUGCAGGCUUUGGAGCAGCACUUGACUGGUCUGUUCACCACUCCAAACCUGGGAUGGACUGAGGUCGCAGGUUCAAAUCUUCGAGUUGACGCAGGUAUUGUGCACAGGCCAAGACAGCUUCUGGCUUCGUAUUUCUGUUCUGAAGAAGAUAAGGCUUUGGCCGCCAUGGCCCCUGUAGUUGCGGAGUCCAAACGUUUCGUGCAGUGUCUCGAGGUGGUGGAGGUUUUAAAAAGAAGUGAAGGCGGCCUGCUCACACCAUCUAGUCCACAGAAUGUGGUGGUGGUGGUCAAAUGGAGGGAUGGCAAUGGCAGCCCUUUCGCACCAUCGAGUCCGCGGAACCCAGUUGUGAAGCGGAGGGAUAGCAGCCCGUUUGCAUUAUCCAGAGGGAACGAGGAUUUCAAUACACAAACUCCAGAGGAGAUUAUUGGGAUUGCGAGGAGUGGUUCAUGCAACGGCAAGUUCAAUCGUUCUCCGGACAUGUAUAUUCCAAGGAUUGGGGGCCGAGGUGUAUCGUGGCCUUUUGACCACAAAGAGAACCAGGACGGAGGAGGUCUGAUCAUGACGAACGGAAUGGUGGCGGAGAAGAGGGACAACACUGUCAGGAUCUUCAAGAAGACGAAGCUGAAGGGGCUGGAAGAUUUGGGAGAGGACUGGGCAACGUUUUACAGUGAGCUGGAUCCAGUGGUGGGCUUGCUGAGCAGAAGUGCGUUUCAAGAAGUCGUGUGGUCAAGAGAGCCUUCACCAAACGCUGUUGUGGCAGCGGGAUCACUUUCGGACACGAAGAAGACAGCAGCAUCUAGUCCACGAGGGAACCACCUUCAGGUGCUGAACAAUGAGCCAAUCAGCUAUGGGGGAGGAGGGCUGGACGGCAGCAACAAGAAACGGGCGUUUUUGUUAUCGCCAUCUCCGAAUGAGAGAAGGAUAUCGUUCAAUGGGACCGGCGGCGGAUUCCUACAUGACAGAGCUGGGGGGGCUAUGGCUAUGGGUAUGGUGGCGACGAUGACGAAGACGUGCACUGUGAACAACAACACCAGUCCUCUGCGGAAGGAAAACGAGGGAGGGAUAUUUCCCACCACCAGAGUGCCACGUGUUCUGCCUGCUUGUCCCUUUCCUUAUUUCGAUAGUCCUGUCCGGCCUGCAAUGGUUGUCUCUUCAGAGAAGUCGAGAUCCUUGGACGGCCCGCCAAUGGUGGGAGAGUCGCAGAGAGGACAAACAUCUCCUAUUUCUUACACGUGUACAUCCACAUCACUGGAUUCUUUCGAAAAGACCAAACUGACGUGUUGCAAUCCGACGACAGAGGUCGACCUUCUUCCCAAGAAGCUUGGGGAUAGCCGUCCGAUCAAGCGGUUGGCAGAAGACGCGGGUGUCGCCAGCGAGACGCUUGAGACGCUCCCCACCGUUCCCGCCUCCCCAGUCCUGCCCCACGGGCGUUUCUCUGCAGCUGCUAUCUGUCAAUCACUGCCGCAGAAAAGUUCAUUCAGUCCACCUCCAAAGGAAGCGCAAGGGGUUCAGGAUCCAAGCAAUGAAAACCGGAAACCGAUCACAACCCUUGUCCCAAACCUGACGGCGGUAGAUUCCACCGUGAAAGCACCAUCAUCGACGGAACUGAAUGCUCCCUCCUCAUGCCCCUUCCCGCCGCCCCUCUCCUCCCUUGCUCCCGUCCUCCCUCCUGCCCAAAUGGAUCCACUUGUUCCAUCUCGCGAAAGUUGUCUCACUUCCACCUCAGAGAUAUGCCUCGCCUCUUCACUUCAACUAUCGGAUGUCGAGAACGCAGCCCAUCCUCUUCACUGCACCUCGUCCUCGUCUUCGUCUUCCUCAUGUCAGGGGGGCGUUGUCACUUAUCCAAUCCCUCCUCCGCCAGGUCUUCACCUAAGGAAAGCCGAUGCUGCAUCUCCCGCUGUCAGCCCUUUGAGUCCUUUACAUAUUUUUCCUGCAGUCCCUCAGUCAGCACCUUUUCCCAUCGCCAAGGAUUCCCAGACUGAUGCAGCGCCGCCUCCUAUCCCUGCUGCCAGGUCCUCGAGCUGUCAACGGCUUGCACCGGAUUGUCCUCGUUCCAGCCAUGUGAUUAGCCCCGUCUUACCGGCACCCACACCCGUGAACAUUGCAAUGAGUGCCUCUACAUGCAGUGCCAUCGCUUGCAUGAAUGAGCGGUCUGGGAUGUUGUCAAAGAGCACCGUCGUACGAACGACGAGGAGGAAGUCCCCCGCACCAAGGGGCAGAACCUGUCCACCUGCUGGGGCUGCUGCGACCAGCGGCGCUGGGUGGCUUAGUCAUAUUGCUGGUACUGUCAGCCCCCCAAUCAGGAAUGCCUCGUCCAGCACUUCCUCUAGGUGCUCUGUCAGACACGCUUCCACGGCUAGCGAUGGCAAGGGGAGUCUUGUAAUUGAUUCUCCUCCUAAGGCAGACAGCCAAGCAGGCGUGAAGAAGCCUCUUCUUCCACGUGGCAGAGCGAGCAGUCCCAAUGUGGUGAGAGCUGGUGCCAGGUUUAUGUCACCGACAGCCUCCAGUUCAUCCAGAGGGAAAGCCAUGUCCACUCCAGGCGCGUCUUCUCCCCGACGGAAUCAUGGCAGCAGAGGAGAAGGGGAAGCAGCAGGUAGCGGUACAUCGUCGUGCUCCAGGGACAGCAUGCUAAGCAUGGGUGGAGCAGAAAGUGGCGGCACGAGAGCACGUGCGUUGACCUCUCUUCGAACGCCGGAGAGCAAGUCGGUGUCCUCGUCACACCCGCCGAGUCAGAGGCAGACAGCAAGGACGUGCUGCUCUUCUCCUACGGUCGUGGGGAACAGCAGGGAGCCCCAGUCGGAAAGGAUCAGUCCCAGACCACCAGGAAAAAACAGUCCCAUCGCUGGUCCCAUUACUGGUGCCUCCUCGACCGGUUCGACUACCGUGGACGUUGAGCCCAGGACUGGCCAUCCUGCCGCUGCUGUUGCCACGAGACCGCCACGCCAUAUAUAUCCCGGUUCCUCCGGCGGGAAGCCUGCGAUGGAGAGCUCGGCAGAAUUCAGGGAGGCUCUGGGAAGCAAGGAUGGCGGUUUCAAGUGCAGGGAUGCCUCCACUUCCGUUAGCGUCACCGGCCAGCCAAAAAUAUUGUCGGGAGCCGCAGGUGUGAGGGGAGCCGAGUCGUCCUCCCGAAGAAAAGUCUCACCGUUGAACAUGUCGUUGACGGGCAGGGGGAGCGUUCUUCCUCUGGCAAAUGCAGAGCUGCCCAUAGGCGGCCUUCCCCCGCCAGCAGAAAGCCACGCGUCGCCAGCUUCUGGCAAGGCGCUCGUGGCUCCCACUGCUGCUGAUGAUGACUCUGACAAAUUUCCACCCUCUUCUUGUACAGGCGGUAAAAAGGAAAAUCUGUUUCUGGUGUGUAAUGGACAGCAGCAGCAGCUGAGGGCGAAUUCACAAGCAGAGAGGGAAGCAUCACCAACCCUGUCAAGGGCGGGUAGGAAGAAGAGGCAAUUGCAGCUUAUGAGCAGCCUGGCAAAAAUGAGAGGGCCGGCUCCCGUGAGAUCGGAGAGAGAGAGAGAGUCAUCAUGCAUGCGAGAAGGAGCCUCGGCGGUGGCAGGAGGGGACGACAACCCCUCAGCGCCGCAAAAUGGUAGCGUUGUAAGCGCCGGCAGAGCAAGUGGAGCUCCUCCUCCUCCUCUUCCUCCUGCUCGACCACCUACUCCCUCGAAGUUCAUGUCCAUAAAGGGCUCGGUGCGCUGCGCGCUUGGAUGUUUUACACCACCAGGCAGGGCUGUCGUCGGGGCUGGGAGUCCGAGGAGGACGAGAACCUCGGCAGCAGCUCCGGCAUCCAGGGCGGCCCAGAAUACCUCCCUUCCUCCUCAUUGCGCUUCUUCAGGCCUCCCUCUUCCAGCGGCCACAGCCCCGAUGACGAUUGCCAAUAGUAGUGUUGUAUCGCCUUCCGUUGGAUGCAUCAAUGACGCGCUGUGGCACUUGCCAUCAAGGAUGACUGAUAGCCGAGGAGCAGGGGCCACUGUGGCUAGUGACACAUUGACGAGAGGGAACACCACUCCACGCCGGGAAAUGAACAGGGAACUACAGCAGUCAGAUGCUCCUUCGGCUCCCAAACCUUGGGCUACUACCCCCAGGUCCAAGCCAGAGGAUAGAUCUGCAACGCCCGGCAGGUUAGCCGCCGGAGAUCAGUCCUGCGAUCAAUGGGAGGGAGAGAAAGCUCCCAUCACAUCUGGGGAAGGUGAAACGGUGAGGGGAAGAGCAGUCGAAUCCCCUACACCGUUUCUGAGCACCAGCGAGGUGGGACGGCAGAGGCAGGAGGAACACGCCACGUCCAGGAAGGUACCGUGUGUAGCAACGACGAGGAGGACCGGGGACAAAGUUAUACAGUGUUCGGUCUCUGUUUCGAUUUCUGCCGUUCGGGUUAAAAGCCGAGGUCGAGCUUCGUCGCCAGAAAGCCUCGAGUCUACGAGCAACAGCACGUUAUUAGACCUAGGGCCUGGCGGCCAGAGUGAUCGUCAUCAGGGCGAUACGGGUACUGCCAGUGGAAAUCGCUCCAGCAGGAGAUCCACAAGUGUCAAAUCGAUGCCGCCUGACUCUGGCAUCACGGGGGACGGCAAGCUUCCUUCUCCAUCAACAUCCUGCCGCCCUGCUUACAGCAAAGCUCGUGAAGAUCCAAGGCCUGAAACCGCUGCUUCGCCUGGGGUGGGGGAUGGGCAGAGGAGGGCAAAGAGUUACCAAACAUCCAGCAGUGGGUUGAUGUUGACGUCAUCACGCAGGUACAGUUCUCCCACUUCUGUGGCCGGAGACAGCGGCGCUAAAGACGUGGUAUCACAAAGUGGUAGUCAUACCCCAUCAGUCUUGAAGACCGGGAGAGUAGGAUGCCGUGGUAGCAGUGGCAGCCGGGGAGGAGGAGGAGGUGGACGAGAAGUGCCUGUGUGCAACCGUUUCUCCAUGCCGAGUGACUUGCAUGCAGGCGUACCAAUAGCUUCGGCUGCCAUGGUGCGUUCUUUGUGGCCACCUUCAUCUCCUGCGCGGAGAGACUCGGCUGCAAGGGGAAGGCUGACUCCUGCGCCUGCUCGGCAGCCGCGCUGUCCGUCUCCGCUCGUGGAUGGGUGGUCAGCCAGGAACCCAGCUGGCGCACAGGGAAGACCCGCAUCUCUUCCCAGAUCGACCAAAGUGCUGCAAGGCCAGAGAACGGAUGGAGGAUCCUCGCUGAGGUCCCGAGGGGAGCCAGAGGACCCAGGGAAGGGAGGCAACGACGGCCCAGGCGGAGGGGCAAUGUCUGCAUUGUGUCGCGGCAGCAACAGUGCAUCCGAAGAAGAUCGCGCUUAUAGGCGGAAUAGCUACGAGAAAGGCAACAAGGCUCCACUGACGCACCGAGUGCAGUUCUCUGAUUGUCAGGCGAGCUGCGGCAGAGGCGCUGCUGCUUCGAAACGGGAAGGUCCUGCAGAAGGGGCAGUCCACGCGAACCUGGUCGGUUGGAUGGGCCAGGUGCAGGUGCAGGAACUUGACCACGAUAAUGGACAUGACAGGAGGAGGCUGUCUGCCAGCCGGGGCACCGCUAACGAGCUCCAUCGCGAGAAGGGGUGUGUUAACGAGGACCAGGAAUGCACAUUACUUGGGAAGUCACGUUCGCAAGAGCGAAUUGUCGAGAAUGGUGGAAGAGGUGAUAAGAGGGCGGCGGUGAUAACCAGGCAGCUGACACGUGGCGGCAAUCCAAUGACAGUGCUGUGCUGCACGGAAGUUAGACGGUCAAGAAUUGAGAAAAAGCUGAUUGGCACGUUGAAAGAGCAGAAAAAAGUGAAUGAGACGGCAGGCAAGACGAAGGCACGGAAAGUUAGGGGACACCUAGACUGUGUGAUGAUCGUGGAAUUAGCGCCAUCCGAUCUGAACGGUAAAGCGACACCUACAACGAUCAAGAAAGACGAAACGAUCCUGGAUUGUGAUAGAGUGAAUGGGGCCGGUGACAGAUGUGCCGCAGCUGCAGCUGGUGCUGCUCUGUCAGCAUCGACGAUGGCGGAGCUUGCGGGGUCUGCCAGCAAGACGGAAGAAGACGAGAGGGUCAAAAAUCGAGAAAGUAUCAAGGGGACGAACGAGGACGAAGCAGGGGAGGGGGAGACAGCUGCCAGGAAGAAAUCUGCCGGCAGCAGCGUUCCGUUUCUCGGGCCAGCUGAAGGCGAUGCGAUGAGGUUGUCCUGUGAGAAUCAGGCAGGUGAUGCAAAGCUUUCGGUGUCGCUGGCCGUGGUACCAGAGCACUGGCAAGGGCGUAAUCAUCAGCCCUCUGAGCAGCAGGAGGACGAUUCAUCUACGCCAGGAUUGCAGUGCAGUCGAAGGUGGGAUGCUCGCUACUCUACACAGGAGGACGAUUCGUCCGUGUCGGGUCCCACGACUCCGGACCAAGUCGAGCACCACCAACGACGUCUUUACCAGGUGGCAUCGACGGCGUCGACUUGCGGUCGUUCGGAUGGCGAGAGCUGGAGCUCAGAGUGUGGACGAGGGAAAGGAGGACGAGGAGGAGGAGGAGGGGGAGGGUAUGGUGCGGGCGCAGCAGUAUCAACAGCGGGGUUGAAGAAACGGCUAUCCCUUGAGCUCAUGGACGGUUGUGGUGCUUUGCCGGACGAGCAUCCCAGCCCUAUCUCUGCACUCGAUUUCCCAAACUCGUCGGAAUGCAGUGAGCCCGCCGGAGAGCUCGAGAAUCUUGAAGAAAUUCAGGAGCAGCUGUUCGCAAAGAUCCAAAAUGCAGAUUGGGUGAGGGGGAAGGCGGCAGGAGAGAAGGCCGAGCCGAUGGGGUACAGUAAUGAUGACAGGACUCCUCGAGGAGCAUCUGAAAUGAGAGUAGCAGCGGACGAAUAUGAUGAGCCAUCAUCGUUCCCUUCUCCUUCCGCCAUUUCUGAACCUCUGGUUAAUCUCGCGCCCACUGCUGUGUCGCUGAAACAGAGCUUCGGCGGGGUUGCUGAGCCCCAGUACCAGGACAAGUUAAUGAGGAUCAGUGGCCAGGCGGAUGAGCUGAGCAAGGCGCGGGGACUUGUCUGCUGCUCCUCCAAGUUCUCGCCUACUGCAUCAUCUUCUUUUGCCCAAUGCGACCCGUUCUUUGACGAUGACGAUGCACUCUCUCAAGACGGUGGCACGCAAGGAGGGGCGACCAGACGGCGUCGAUCCUCUGGGACCUCGACCACCUUAGGAGAACCGACCUCAACUGAGUCUGUUGGUGCCAGAGACGAUGCAGACGCCUGGUUCGACAUCUUCUCUCCAGAAUCGACAGCUGCUCUGAGGCCUGUUGCACGAGCCACUGACUUUGGUCCUAGUCCCAUUCCCACUUGCAUUCCCAUUCCUGGGGAUGAGCUGAUUCGCUGCGAAUCCCAGACAGCGAGGGAGGAUCUGGUGUACGUUCGAGACGUCAUCGCAGCCUCAGGAUUUGCCACGGAGGACGAAAGGGUUAGAUCGAAGGUGAAGUGGUACACUCCGGGACAGCCGUUGGAGCCUGCUCUUUUUCAGCAGAUGGAGAGAGAAAGAGGGGGAACUUUGGGCAGCGAACCGGGAACGCUUAGCUGUCUGGAGGACACAAUGGCAGAGCCGUUGGCUGCUGACCGUAACUCAUUCUUCAGUCUCGAGGACGGCCAUCAAAAUCACGAACAUGGCACCUCUUUCCCUCCCACCACCCCACCUGCUCCUCCUCAUCCGUGUUUGUCUUCCUGUGAUCCUCUUGGAGCGGUGAUGACCAGGAAGGAGAGGAGGUGGCUACUGUUCAAUGCAGUGAGUGAGGGUCUGGCGAGGAAGCUGGCUCCUGAAGAGGACGGCAUUCGCAAAUGGCUGGGGACAUCCAGCACGUGCAAGCAACUUAAACGCCAGCCCUCUGGGAAAGAGCUUGUGAAGGAGGUGUGGGCGAUGCUCCGUGGUUGGUCAGAGCAUGCUCGAAGACAGGGCGCCACGAUGGACUCCAUGCUCAGCAGAGAUCUCUCUAGUCAGCAAUGGCUGCAAAAGUUCCAUAAGGAGUAUGAAGAGAUUGGGCAGGACUUAGAGACCAGCGUCUUCGAUAGACUACUUGCGGAAUUACUUGAUGACCUCGGAGGGGUCGAAAAAGGCCGCCGUGAAAAGCGACUGGGCCCCAACCUAGUCUAACUCACGUGCACACACACACACACACACACACACACACACACACACACACACACACACACACACACACACACACACUCGCACACACACACACGCACACACACACACACACACACACACACACACACACACACAUUCGGUGAAAGUCCGACAAAACAGUCUGGCACAGUCAUGCUUUUUUUGAGUGUAUAGCGAAUAUGACAACACGGCCACACACACAACAUGCACAGAUUUGUUCUUGCAUUCGUUGAUAUGGUGUGUGCGGUUUGAAUUUCGUUUGAUUGAUUGCUGGGGAGUGGAACCUCGAGGUGUUUUUUUUUGCCAGAUACAGGAUUUGUCAACGUCCGCCGUUAGAUGUUACAUUAUAAAGGUUGAGCUGCUACACUCUGUGAGGGAACGAUCUCCAGGCGAAAGGGGAGGGUAAGUUGUGGCGGGUGAUGUGCACGGCCUGAGCGUGCCAUUGAUGAAAAAGUAUCGUUCGUCGGAGUCGUCGGUCUUACUGGGAUAUCGGCCAGAAAAAUGGUGGCAUUGACGUGUCUCCUGCUGAGCCAACAACCAUCUAACCAGUUGUGACUCGAGGGGUACAUGCUGCCAUUGUCUGCUGUCGUAUGAUGGCAAGGUUCCAUUUACCCGGAUUAUGUGCUUCUGGCCAUGGGUUCUGCCGUCCAGAAAGGCGAAUCCAGGCAGGAGGAGCCUUCAUUUAUGGAUCAUUCCAUUCACAGAGCUCUGACGUUGAAGCGUCUUCUCUUCCUGUUUGCCAAAUCCUUGCUAGAGCACUGCUGACACCGGUGCCUGGCGUUCUCUAAGGUACGCUCUGCUGUUCUGCAGAGUUGAGUGCUUGGGUGUCUGUGGCUUAUUCGCCUCAGCUUUGCUAUGGGGCAGCUGCUCUAUCCGGUGCCGGGAAGACCCGUCAGUCAUGACUACGGUUUUUCAAAUGCUGAGCCCCUGCAGCACCCUUAAACUAUGCGCAAGGCGUGUGUUCGGCAUGUGAUUACCUCAAUGGAGGACCUUGGGGUUGCUAGUUAGUUUUCUGCUCCCCACCAUGUAUGUAGUAAGUAAUGCGAGCGAGAUCUGCACCCGUCAUUGACCUACUACAGACGAUUUUGCGAUGUGUACAUUCCUUGUUAAUCAAUAUCCACUUGUCCUCAAUCCGUCGUGUAUUGCCAUCGUCUUAGACCGAUUGAAGGAUUUUGAGCUUGUUGAUCUUGACGGGCCUUGUAUUUUGGAUGUCCACCAUGUAAUUCGAUAAAGGAUUCCACAGUUUAUUGUAUUGAGUGAAUUUGUUUCCAUCUUCCUACCUACAGCUCUCUAGGUUGUUGCUCCGUGUUCUGCGUAGCAUCUUAUACACUAACGUGCAUUUUUUAAGUGAGCAAGUGUUUGCUGUGACAGAAGUAGCCGCUGGUCGAGAGCGUCACUGCUGAAGUGCCUUCGAUUGUGUUUUGGGCCUUUUGGCCAUGUAUGUGAACACCUCAGGCCGAAAGCAGUGACUCGUUAUGCUUGUAGCUUUCACCGUUCCGCAAAGAAUAUAAUGAUGAGGCAGAGUCGAUUUCGCGGGCUUUUUUCAAAAACAUGGUGGACCCCCAUGUCUGAUAUCAGUGAGGCAAGGGUCCUCUUCUUUGCUUGCUUCUGUGGCCUUCACGGCAAGGGUGACGGUGAAGGAUAGAGAUGGGCAGGGUAAAGCGUACGGAGAGGUAGAGAAGAACAGGAAAAGAGGAAAUAGCAGCAGAAACUGGGAUACCCGCAGGCGUUUGACAGCAUAGGAUAAGGAGAGGGGUUUGCGAAAGGUGUGGACUGUAAGAGGGAUGAGAAGGGAUACAGUGAUGGUGAGCAUGAGGGCGAGGGGGAGGGCGAGGGCGAGGACGAGGGCCAGGGCCAGGGCCAGGGUGAGGAGGAAGAGGUAACAGCAGGAGAAAGCCUGAGACCCAAGGCGUUUGACAAUAGAGCGGGAGCAGCGGUGGGUUACAAGGGGAGUAGAGUGUGAGAGGGAUGCCGCGAGGGUUACGGCAAAUGGCAGAGCAAGGGCGAGCAUAAGGGCGAGAGUGAGGGCGAGCAUAAGGGCGAGAGUGAGGGCGAGAGCGAGGCUGAGGGAGAGGGUGAGAGAGAGAGCGAGGGCGAGGGCGAGGGCGAGGGCGAGGGCGAGGGCGAGGCAUGAGAUGCGCCAAGCGUACAUAAGGCUAAAGAGGGUACAUAGCAAUCGGUGGCGUCAGGGACAUAGGAUACCCACUGCCACAGACCAGGUGAACUGGGAUCCGUGCGGAUGGGAAGGGACGAGAGAAGGUAAGAGAAAAGAAGAUGAAGAGCUCAGGAAGUCGAUAAAGAGUGCAACAUAGCAGAAAGAUGGAAAGGUGAAGAUAGAGGGUGUACAGGGCAGUCGAAAGGUAAGGAGACAGAGAAGCACAGGAAGGGCCGAGGAGGGAAGGACCGGGAUGGAGCCCACAAAGUUCUGGGGCUUCUGAAAGAUGCCUUCUUAGGAAAGGGGUCUGUAAGGGGUGUGGCCCCUUACAGACCCUUUGUGCUCGCUGUGCCCGCUUCUGAUAAGAGCCGGCUUCUCUCGCUUUGCGUCAGGAUGAGCUUUGGUCAAAGGGACACCCACUCCAUACAUAAUGUGAGAUGAAAUGAUCCAAUCUGAUGUGGAGUUACAAUAACAACGAAGAUCUUCAGGAACGUUCCAGGAUGUGCAGGGACUAGAGACGGAGAGGGAUGAGGUGUGGGCUUGGGACCGCAUUGUGGAAGUUCAUAUGAAGGCGAAUUCCGGAUCCGAUACAGAAGUAUUUGUCCGACCUCUGAAGUUACGGAGGAGUUAAGUUUCCCUUCAAUUCACUGCUGUUGCAGCGCGUCAAGCGUAUGCAGUUCGGCUAGAUCUCGUGUGGAUGGGAAGGGACAUUGGAAGGGACUCAGAAUGCCUGCGGUCCUCG